UAGGAUUAGAAUUAAAUAAAAUCAUUGUUCGUUUAAUGAACGAAAGUAUAAAAUGAUGCUAAAAAUACGUAUAUGUAUUUUAUUUAUAUUUAUUACUAUUAUUAGGGGUACUAAUUAGUUUUCUGUAUUGAAAUUGGUUGUUGUUGUCAUAAAAUGUACACAGAGCUUAGACGUUCGAGCUUGUACGCCAUAAAUUUCAACUGAUUACAACCGAUGCAUCAGCGUAUGUCAAUGGAUAAAUAGGUGGAUGUCGUUUAAGGCACUGUUUCUUUUUAUUGAGGUCAAAUUGAAAAAAAAUACAGUUGAAGACCGUAGCAAACUAUAAAAAAAAAUUAGAAAAUCGCUUAUAAGGUUCCGUGCAAAAAGUGUUAGCUUUGAUCAGUCUCCUGAUUAGCACUUGCUCAGUUCAGUCACAUUUAGCAGAUCCAAGGCGUUGCAAAGUUGAAGAUCUGUGAAAAUUUGUACAUGAACAUUACGCCUCGAAACCACGAAGUGUUUCGUGUGUGCUCUAUCCGAUAAGAGGCAAAACGCCAUAAAUAAAUAAUGGUGGUGGAAUAUUCGAUUAUUAAACUUUGUGAUAAGUUAUUUUAAGCAUUUUUUUUUUAUUUUAAGAUUGCUUGGUACUUUGUUGAAUAUGGGCAUCGAUCGGGACGAUUUUUCUGAGCUUUCAGCUGGAUCUAGUAUUGCACCGAGUUUUGAAUUAACGUCCCUUAUAGAGCGACCGUUACAAUUCCUUGUCUAUUAUGGGCUUGCUCUUGCGACGAUGUUUAACUUACAUUUUUUUCUCUGAUUGGCCGACAUUCAUUUUCAAAUUGGCUUGCGACUUCAAGUCUAACCAACUUUUCUCUCUCAAAGUGUAACUUUUAAGAACAAACGACGUUGGUUGGCAACAAAAAGGAUUAAAUCCUCUCAAAAUCUUAUACUGAUUAACAAUAUAUGUAUAUGUUAUGUUAGCUCUCUGAUAUGUGUCUAUAUGUAUGUAUGUAUCUCUAUGUAGGAGAAAUCCUCUGGCGGAGUGUAAAGGUUUUAAAAUCAAAAAAAAAUUAUCGAUUUUCUGCUAAUUUACAACAAAUCGCUUUAGUUAAACUUAACCUGAGGAGAGUACAAGGAAAGAAUUUGAUAUUAAGUUGAAGUUUCUAGGUAAAAAAAGAUGCAGUCUCAAUCGCAACAUCCAACAGACUGACAGACGUACAGAGAAGACUAAAAUUUAAUAAGGUCCAUAAUGCAUAAGUAUUGCCUUGGAAAUAUUUGGUAAAUCUUACAUAUUCAUUGCGGUAGAUUUAAAAUAAAAACUAUACAGUUCUGUUUAUCGAUUGUGAUAUUGGUAGCAAUUUUGAUUCUGUAGUAUUAUAUAAAUUGUACUUAAGUGGCGACUUUUAGCUUCGCAUCUAAACCUACACUCGGACACGGUACAUCGCUAAAUUGAGUCGAAAUUGCACGCUGAGUAAGAACAUGAAUGUGGUCACGUAUUCAUGAUUGGUUUAGUAAAGGACUCUCAACAAUUAGUACGAAAAAUAUUAAAAUUUCUAUUUGCAGCAAUUUAACGAAAUUCUUAUCUACAAAAUGGCUAACUUGUCGAGUUUUCAAGUAAUCUGCUCAAUAAUGGACAAGAUACGUUCUAUUUUAUGUUUACAAGUAAUAAUCUAUGAAAGGAGUGAAUCAAAAAGCUUAUGUUUCAUGUUUUGGAGAGGUAUUAUACUAUUCGUUUAUAAAGUCGCCUUACAAAAUAUAUGACUUUUUAUCUCUUAGCUACAGAUGCGACAACGUCCAGACAUGGUGAAUUUUCAUUUACAUAUAAAUACUAAAACGCGUUGACACAUUGCAAAUCUUCCAGCCAUUUGCCGGAGUUGCAGUAUAUCGUCUUUGAAACGAAAGAAGAAAUAUGACAAUUUGCCCGAAAUAUGCAAUCUUGUUUUUUCCCCGCUGGCUGGCGCCGAAUCUGAUGACCUUUCUUGGAUUCUUAUGUACAGCUUUAAAUUUUAUACUGCUCUCUUAUUACGAUUGGAACUUCUACGCUAGUUCCAAAAUGCCGAACACAACUCCUGUACCCGCUUGGGUUUGGUUAUGUACCGCGAUUAAUAUCUUUUUGGCAUACACGCUGGAUGGUAUAGAUGGCAAGCAGGCGCGUCGGAUUGGACUUUCGGGACCGUUGGGUGAGCUCUUCGAUCACGGUUUAGACUCAUACACAGCUGUGUUGAUACCCACGUGUUUAUAUAGUAUUUUCGGACGUUGUAUACAAUAUUCGGUGUCACCCAUGCGUAUGUACUAUGUGUGUUGGAUGGUAUUUUUUAAUUUUUUUCUUUCGCACUGGGAGAAAUACAAUACGGGCGUAUUGUUUUUACCAUGGGGUUAUGAUUUGAGCAUGUGGGGCUCCACAGCUAUGUACUUGACCACUUGGUGGUUUGGUUUUGAGUUUUGGAAAUGUGAUCUACCUUUCGGCAUACCUUUCGGCAUUGCUAUCGAAGCGUUGCUGCACUUUAGCGCCUUUGCCAACUUACCAAUGGUGAUGAUCAAUGUGUAUAACGGCUAUGCUCAUCGUACCGGGAAAAUGCGUAGUUUUACGGAAGCUGUACGUCCUUUAUGGCCAGUACUGGUGUUUAUGUUGUUAUUGUUAUCAUGGCCUAUUCUAUCGCCCAGUAAUAUAAUCGAGAAAGAUCCUCGCGCGUUGUAUAUGCUAAGUGGCACAAUAUUCUCUAACAUUAGUUGCCGUUUAAUUGUUGCUCAAAUGUCCAAUACACGAUGCGAAAGUUUCCACUGGAUGACACCGCUUUAUGUUCUAUGCAUAGCUUUUAGCUUAUGGUGGCCACUAUUUGAACGCUUUUUGUUAUAUUUUCUACUUCUGGUUACUACUCUGGCUCAUUGGCAUUACGGUGCCAGCGUCGUUAAUCAAAUGUGUGAUCAUUUUAACCGUAUUUGCUUUAGUGUUAAAAAGCGUAACGAAGUACAAAUGAAAACCAAAAAUGUAGAACACAAUGGUGCUAAAUCGCCGUCAAAUUAAUUAGGGGUCAAAGAAGAAUAAUUUCUAAUCGAAUAAAUAAAUAUAUAAAACCAAAGACCCCCCGAAAAGAAAAACGAAUAUAAAAAGCGAAGAAAAGAAAUAAUUACAAAACAAAAAGAACAAUUAACUUAAUUUUUUGAGGCUGAUUAUUAAAAUAAUAAGAGAUUAUUUUCUUAUGGUUAUUGAGAACAAAGUUAGCUAUUUUGUAAGUAGAGAUUUCUCAUUUUAAAGUUUAGUUCCUUUUUUAUUUUUUAUAAAAAAAAUGUUUUCUGUUAGAUUUCUUUGCUAAUUUUAUUCGAAAUUACAAGACUUUAUUUAUAGCACAAUGCAAACUUUAUAGGUUUAUAAGUUUGACUAAAAAGACAAAUAUUUUAUGGCAUUUAUUUAGCUUUUGUUUUUAACAUAUGUUAAUAAAACGUGAUAAAAAAAAAGGAAAUCAGUAUAUUCAAAAUCUUAAUAUUGACUACAUACAACAAGAACUUACCUUUAUCUUACCUUCUGCUAACGGAACUGUUUAGCUCAAAUAUGUAGGACUCAUUUUAAAUUUAAAAACUGCUUAAAUAAAAUUGUUUAAACUUUUAUUUAUGUUUUCAUACUUCCCUUCCACAUAUUUCCAUGUAUUUUUUAAUAAUUAUUUUGAACCAUUACGACCUCAUUUAUUUUUAAAACAACUUCAAAAUGACCUUACAUUUGCCAUUACCAA